UCCAGUAGUUCGCCGGACCACAACUAAAUUCAUUAGAAACGAAUUGAUUCCGUGACUCUUUGGAGAACAAUUCCCUUCUUUCAUUUAUGGUUAAAGGUCCUCCAGAAAACUAUGGCUCAGAAAAUAAACGAAGCACACGAGCACAUUGCCAAGGCUGAGAAAUAUUUAAAGACGGGUUUCUUGAAGUGGAAGCCGGAUUAUGACAGUGCUGCGUCAGAGUACGCCAAAGCAGCUGUCGCUUUUAAAAACGCCAAACAACUUGAAGAAGCAAAAGAGGCGUAUCUGCAGGAGGCGGAGGCUCACACCAAUAACAGAGCUCUCUUUCAUGCUGCCAAAGCACUUGAGCAGGCGGGUAUGAUGUUGAAGGACAUGCAGAGGCUGCCUGAGGCAUUGCAGUACAUUGAGAAAGCCAGCAUGAUGUUUGUGGAGAACGGCACUCCGGACACUGCCGCCAUGGCGCUUGACAGAGCUGGAAAGCUUAUUGAGCCUUUGGAUUUAUCUAAGGCUGUAGAUCUGUACCAGCAGGCUGCUUCUGUGUAUGAGAAUGAAGAGCAAUUACGCCAGGCCGCUGAGCUCCUGGGCAAAGCUGCAAGACUUCUGGUCAGACAACAAAAGUUAGACGAAGCUGCCGUAGCAAUUCAGAAGGAGAAGAAUAUGUACAAGGAAAUAGAAAAUUACCCCACAUGUUUCAAGAAAACCAUCGCACAAGUGCUAGUCCAUCUCCACAGAGGAGACUAUGUUGCUGCUGACAAGUGUGUGAGAGAGAGUUACAGUAUCCCAGGAUUCAGUGGGAGCGAGGACUGCGUUGCCAUGGAGCAGCUUCUGCAGGGUUACGACGAACAGGACGAGGACCAAGUAUCUCGCGUUUGUAACUCACCGUUACUCAAAUACAUGGACAAUGACUAUGCCAAACUGGCCAUCAGUCUGAGAGUGCCGGGAGGAGGGAAGAAAAAGAAAGCGCCCCCCGCGGACGGAGGCGCGGGUGCCUCAGCAGCCCAGCCACACGAGGAAGAGGAGGAUGAGUACGCCGGAGGCCUUUGUUAAUGAUGGGAAGAGUCCCUCCUCAGCGGAUCUGGACUGUAUCUUAUCAUUGAGCAGAGCUAAACUGCCUUACUGAAUACUACACCCCAGUUACCCAAAUGUUCACACAUACUGCCAUCAUCCCCAUGCCUGUGAUUUCAGCAUGACAGUACACUGUGUCUGCACACUGAUCAUGUGGGAAAUGCUAUCAUAUUCACAUACAAUCGUCACAGAGACGACACAUGCCUGUUUUUUUUCUGAGUGAGUGUGAGGGACAGAUCUAGAAUCAUCAGAUGGGAGGCUUAGAGAAUAUGGAAAAGCAGUAACCCUGUCUUCUGUCAGAGGUGUAAAAUACCUGCCUAUGCUCUCUCUCUCUCUCUCUCUCUCGUUGGCAUUACUGAAGCAUUCAUAAAUUUGUAGCAUGUGAUGGCAUAACUUGCUCAAUCAAAAGGGAUAAUUUCAUUUUGAAUAUUUAGUUUUUUAAACAUGUUUAAAGUAUUUUGUGGACUCUAAAGUAAUGCUGAGAUCAGAGCUGGACAAGAUCUUAAUAAUUUCCCAUGGUAAUUAUGAAGAAAACACUACAUUGUUGCAUGGGACCGUAAUUUGUGUGAGGAGUGUGUGGUUUAAAAAUAAUGAGAUUUGGAUGAAGACUGGAGCACACUGAUGAUCUCUUCUAGAGCUUAAGGUUUUGUGAGUGUUGGAUGAAUUUUUAAAAUGAAUAGAUGGGUAUAAUAUGUAAUCUAGAAACUUCUGGCACUGUGUUUUAUUGUGAAAGACAUCAUUCUUUUUUGAGAACAGUACUGCUUUAUACGCAGAGCUGUAAUUUUUGCUCUGCCUAAGAACUUCAUGACAUGAGGAUUUAUUGACCAUGUGCUCUGUUUGGGGGGGAAAAAACAAAAAUCUAAAAAUAGUUAGAAAAAAAAACCUUCCGACAUAUAUUGUUUAUACUGAUGCAGAGUGAUGCAUGAUUCCAUAUGAUAUUUAUUCCUUUAUAUUCAUGUUCAGCAGACCAUCAAAUGUAUCCUUAUAGGAAGUCAGACAUGUCCCUGUAUAGGCUUUGAUAACUGACUGUAUGGCUUGGCUGAAUGCAUGAAUAUGCCUUAAUAUUUACAGCUUGAAUCUUACCCAGUUGACCUUACUUUGGGCUGCAGCACACAGAGGUGAUGUCAUCGAAACAGCAGGGAACAAACUCCUAUUGGAAAUCUGUUGGUUUAGUGACUAUAUUGCAUGGGUAUAUUUUGUCCUUGUUUAUGGGGUGUUAUUGGGUUUCUGAGAGUGUUUUAAAGGAACUUCAGUGCUUUAUUAUCUUUUGUUAAGUUUCUACAUUCAAUUUAAAAUGUCAUCAAGGUCAGUUCUUUUUUUAAGAUUCUCUAAUCUGAUGUUUCUUUACUGCAUGCAAGCUGCACAACUGUGGAUCGCCAUGACUGUACCAACCAAAGUGAAAAAUGAUCAAGUGUAAAAGAAUUCCAGUGUUCUGCACUCAAGAGAUGUAAAAAAUAAAUUAGAAUGUGACUUUGUGUGGUCAUUUGUAGCACCUGAAAGUGGUGGAUAAUGCUCCAAAAACCUAUUGUGUGCUGAGGAGCUCCAUUUAGUCAUAUAGCUUCAUUAAACAGGCUUUCAGAAAGCAGGAUUUGUUCAGUGGAAAUCAGUAUUAGGAGUCUGGGACAAU